AUGACCGUCACUGUGCCAGAGGCUGAGAGCGACCACCACCCAAACAACGGCGAGCCCAACCACGAUACACUCUCUCAUAGCGGUACCAAUGGUUCACCCAAUGGGUUGCACAUCCCGGAGACCAAAGAUGCGUUUUUCGGAUAUAACGAUGAGAAGGCCCUACACCACAUUGAGGAGAAACUAUGGGCCCACCGCCGUGGGUCGGACGUAGCGAAUGCAUCUCGACCCACGUCUGUCAUGGGCUCCCCGCUCUUCCACGGAACAGACGUGCACGCGGAGCUGCAUGUGGGCAGCUACAAGUUGUCCGCCAUCCCGGAGCCCGUAAUACCCUCGGGUAAGGCGUCGGGCGUGAGCGUUCUUGCGGAGGACCUUAAGUUGGUGGGCGGGGCGCCAGAACCGUCGAUCUCGUCCGAAGUCUCCCCAAUAUUAAGGGCACUGCAGAUCUGUCUUGAGCUGCGCGACAAAUAUAUGUUACGCUCUGGCCAGCUGUUGGGGUACAACCCGCGAGACCAUGACGGUGUCUUCUCUGGACUGCCUGAAGAGAUUGCGACAGUGGCUGGUGUGCGUCCCGAUGCUGACCACACCGCAUACCCCAUGCCAGAGAGCCUGUUUAAGCCUUGGAAAAUCUACCCUCGUCCUCCACCGCCGCAUUGGCAUUGGGCGGACAAGGAGACACUCGUUUCUCACCAUUCAGAUACCCCCGAGGAAGAAUUUGUCUUUGAGGACUGCGAGAUACCAGGCCCCGAUCCUGAUGGAUGGCACUUUGCCCUCGAUGAGAAGGGUGUGUAUCAAGUGUAUUAUCGGUCCGAUGACGAAGAUCCGCUGUUCGAAAUCCCGAGCAUCAGAGAGUAUUUUAUCGACCUAGAAUAUGUGCUCUCCGUAGUAUCAGACGGGCCCACUAAAAGCUUUGCCUUCCGACGGCUCAAUUACCUCUCUAGCAAGUUCACCAUGUACAGCCUCCUCAACGAGCAUCAGGAGCUCGCAGAGAUGAAAGCGGUCCCACACCGUGAUUUUUACAAUGUCCGCAAGGUCGACACACAUGUCCACCAUUCUAGCAGCAUGAACCAGAAGCACCUACUGCGGUUUAUCAAGUCUAAAAUGAAGCGCAGUCCAGAUGAUGUCGUGACGUUCCGUGAUGGCAAGGAGCUGACGUUGGAACAGGUGUUCCAGUCUCUGAACCUCACUGCGUACGACCUGUCGAUCGACACGCUCGACAUGCACGCACACCAGGACUCGUUCCAUCGCUUUGACAAGUUCAAUCUCAAGUACAAUCCGAUCGGAGAGUCAAGACUACGUGAAAUUUUCUUGAAAACAGAUAAUUACAUCACUGGCCGGUAUCUGGCUGAGCUCACGCAGGAGGUCAUGACCGAUCAAGAACAAAGCAAAUACCAAAAUAGUGAAUGGCGCAUCAGCAUAUAUGGACGACAUCCCGAAGAAUGGGACAAACUCGCGCGCUGGAUCGUCCACAACAAGUUGUUCUCGCAUAACGUCCGCUGGCUCAUUCAAGUCCCACGUCUGUACGACGUAUACAAACAAAAUGGCUCCGUCAACACAUUCGAAGACAUUGUGCGAAACGUAUUUCGUCCGUUGUUUGAGGUCACGCAAAACCCGUCAUCACACCCGGAAUUGCACGUGUUCUUGCAGCGUGUUGUCGGGUUCGAUACGGUUGACGACGAGUCCAAGACGGAGAGGCGGUAUCACAAGAAGUUCCCCUUCCCGCGCCUCUGGAAUGACGUAGAGUCCCCACCAUACUCCUACUGGGUGUACUACAUGUAUGCAAACAUGGCGAGCCUCAACCACUGGCGGCACGCCCGUGGCUUCAACACCUUCGUCUUCCGCCCCCACGCAGGCGAAGCGGGCGACACGGACCACCUCACGUCCGCGUUCCUCACCGCGCACUCGAUCUCGCACGGCAUCCUGCUCCGCAAGGUGCCCGCGCUGCAAUACCUCUUCUACCUCAAGCAGAUCGGACUCGCGAUGAGCCCGAUCAGCAACAACGCGCUCUUCCUCACGUACGAGCGCAACCCGCUCCCGGACUUCUUCAAGGUCGGGCUCAACGUCAGCCUCAGUACCGACGAUCCGUUGCAGUUCCACUUCACAAAGGAACCGCUGCUGGAGGAGUACAGCGUCGCGGCGCACAUCUACAAGCUUCCGCAGAGCUCGCUCGCAGAACUCGCGCGCAACUCCGUCAUCCAGAGCGGGUUCGAGAUGGAGAUCAAACGCCACUGGCUCGGGCAGGAGUGGUACCUCCCCGGCGCCUGCGGGAACGACGUCGACAAGACCAACGUCCCGAACCUGCGCCUCGAGUAUCGCCGCCAGACGCUCGUCGAAGAGCUCGCGAUGAUCAGGACGACGCGCGCCGCUGCGCCUAGUGCUGCGGCAGAUCACCAUUAG